AUGGAGAAAACUUUUUUGCUAUUUUUGUCAAACUACUAUUGCUCAUAAAAAAAAAUCAGUAGUUGAGAAUCACUUGGCAUCUUCAAAUCAUAAAUUAAAAAAAAACUCUGUACUUGAAAAACUCCAAAAAACUUUUAUACAACAUACAAUCACUACUUUUAUAUCUGAUAUUGAAAAAGAGUAUUUCAUUCUUGACUUUAUUAAGAUAUUUGCCAAAGCUGAUAUACUACUUGAAAAAAUACAAUAUUUUCAGCUUUUUUACAAGAAUAUUGUAAAUAUG